CUUUCCUAUUGCAAGCCCUGUUGGGACACUCAGUAUCUCGUGGAGAUCAGGCCUCUGCCCGCCCAAGCCUUCAGGGCGUUAGCUAAGGACGAACGCAUGAGUCCCUGUGAAGCAUGUUUUAUGCUUUGGUAUAAAGGCUCUACACCUGCCUUCGCCAAAUUGGGGCUUUCUGGAUAGGUUAGGGACUGCAGUCCAACCCACCCGCAGGGUACCAGGUUGGGAAGGCUGCUCCACACCAUGGUUCAGCUGUUCUAAUCUUGUAUCUGAAACCCUUGUAUGAAUGAAUACAACUCUAGUCUUCCAGCAACAUUUUAAACUAUUUGUACCGAUUUGCAGUAGCAGACAUGAGUGGAUCUAAACCUGAUAUUCUCUGGGCUCCACACCAUGUUGACAGAUUUGUUGUAUGUGACUCAGAACUCAGUCUCUACCACAUUGAAUCUGCUGUAAGUACUGAACUGAAAGCAGGAUCACUGCGUUUAUCUGAAGAAACUACAGCUACUCUUUUGUCCAUUAAUUCUGACACUCCAUAUCUGAAAUGUGUGGCUUGGUAUCCUAAAUAUGAUCCUGAAUGUCUUCUGGCAGUUGGGCAGGCCAAUGGCCGAGUUGUCCUUACUAGCCUUGGCCAAGAUCACAACUCAAAAUGCAAAGAUUUGAUAGGAAAGGAAUUUGUUCCAAAGCAUGCUCGGCAGUGUAACACCCUGGCAUGGAAUCCACUGGACAGUAACUGGCUUGCUGCUGGCCUGGAUAAACAUCGGGCUGAUUUUUCAGUACUGAUCUGGGACAUCAGUAGUAAAUACCCUCCAGAAACUCCAGUCGCUACUGAGAAAGUAAGGCUUUCUACGGGAGAUACUGAGGCAGGAAUAGUUGUGACAAAACCACUUUAUGAAUUAGGGCAGAAUGAUGCUUGCCUUUCUCUUUCUUGGCUUCCAAGGGAUCAGAAACUUCUUUUAGCUGGAAUGCACCGCAACCUGGCUAUCUUUGACCUUAGGAAUACUAGCCAAAAAAUGUUUGUGAAUACCAAGGCUGUUCAAGGUGUGACUGUUGAUCCAUACUUCCAUGAUCGUGUGGCUUCCUUCUAUGAAGGUCAGGUUGCCAUAUGGGACCUUAGAAAGUUUGAAAAGCCUGUAUUAACUCUAACAGAACAACCAAAACCUUUAACAAAAGUAGCAUGGUGCCCAACAAGAACUGGAUUACUAGCCACUUUAACCAGGGAUAGCAAUAUCAUCAAGCUCUAUGAUAUGCAGCACACUCCUACUCCUAUAGGAGACGAAACUGAACCUACAAUCAUCGAAAGAAGCGUGCAACCCUGUGAGCACUACAUUGCUUCCUUUGCUUGGCAUCCCACCAGCCAAAAUCGCAUGGUAGUUGUCACUCCCAACAGGACUAUGUCUGACUUCACAGUGUUUGAAAGGAUCUCUCUGGCCUGGAGCCCAGUUACCUCUUUGAUGUGGGCGUGUGGACGACACUUGUACGAGUGCACAGAAGAAGGGAAAGCUAGUUCCAUAGAAAAAGACAUAGCCACCAAAAUGCGCCUCAGGGCUUUAUCCAGGUAUGGACUUGAUACAGAACAGGUCUGGAGAAACCAUGUUCUAGCAGGAAAUGAAGACCCACAGCUGAAGUCACUUUGGUACACUCUGCACUUUAUGAAGCAGUACACGGAGGAUAUGGAUCAGAAAUGCACAGGAAACAAAGGAUCCUUAGUUUAUGCAGGCAUCAAAUCUAUUGUGAAAGCCUCUAUGGGAACAACAGAGAACAUCAGGCAUAGUAGAAGUGGAUCUGACAGACAGUCAGAUAUUAUUCAGUAUCUGAGUGAGGAGAGAUCAUUGGCUUUGCAGCUUUGUGGAUGGAUAAAGAAGGGCACAGAUCUAGAUGUGGAACCUUUUCUCUAUUCUUUGGAACAAGAAGGUGACUGGGAGCGAGCCGCUGCUGUUGCACUAUUCAACUUAGACAUCCGGCGAGCGAUACAGAUACUGAACAAAGGAGCUUUUUCUGGUAAAGGUGAUCUAAAUCUUAAUGUGGUGGCCAUGGCUUUAUCAGGCUAUACAGAUGAGAAGAACUCAUUGUGGAGAGAAAUGUGCAGCACUCUAAGGUUACAGUUAAACAACCCUUACCUAUGUGCCAUGUUUGCUUUUCUGACAAGUGAAUCAGGUUCUUAUGAUGGAGUUUUGUAUGAAAGUAAUGUAGCUGUACGAGACAGAGUGGCAUUUGCUUGUAAAUUCCUGACUGAUGCCCAGCUGAAUAGAUUCAUUGAAAAGCUAACAAAUGAAAUGAAAGAAGUUGGGAACCUUGAAGGAAUUCUACUGACAGGACUCACAAAGGAUGGUGUGGACUUAAUGGAAAGCUAUGUUGAUAGAACAGGAGAUGUUCAGACAGCAAGCUACUGCAUGCUUCAGGGUUCUCCCUCUGAUGUACUUAAAGAUGAGCGAGUUCAAUAUUGGAUUGAAAACUACCGGAAUCUAUUGGAUGCGUGGAGGUUUUGGCAUAAACGAGCAGAAUUUGACAUUCAUCGUAGUAAGCUGGAUCCCAGUUCAAAGCCUUUAGCACAGGUAUUUGUAAGUUGCAACUUUUGUGGAAAAUCCAUCUCCUACAGUUGCUCAAGCAUACCACACCAGGGCAGAGGUUUCAGUCAGUAUGGUGUAAGUGGAUCCCCAACCAAGUCGAAAGUCACCAGUUGUCCUGGUUGCCGUAAACCCCUUCCUCGCUGUGCACUUUGUCUAAUAAAUAUGGGUACUCCAGUGUCCAGUUGUCCAGGAGGAUCCAAGUUGGAUGAAAAGGUGGAUCUCAGCAAAGACAAAAAAUUAGCCCAGUUCAACAACUGGUUUACUUGGUGUCACAACUGUAGGCAUGGUGGUCAUGCUGGACACAUGCUCAGCUGGUUCAGGGAUCAUACUGAAUGCCCUGUUUCUGCAUGCUCAUGUAAAUGUAUGCAGCUGGAUACGACAGGAAAUCUCAUCCCAGCAGAGAUGGUCCAGCUAUAAAACAUUAGGGCUUGAGUAAGAACCUUCAGAACAAGAGCUGUCUCUAAAUAGGUGUCCUUCACAGCUCAAACGUUUACCUCAGAACAAGUCACUCGUGACUUGCUUGUAAUAGAAAAAUAAAUCAUUCUAUCACAUCAGGAAUCUGUGUGGAUGGUUUUGAUGUGUUUUGCAUAGCCAUGUACUGCUGGAUUGUCUCCAAGAGUGUCAUGAGGACACUGUUCAUUCAGUUGUGAAGCAUUUUAUUUCAAAGACAUUUAUACAAACUUACUGAAAUGCAAAGCACCUGUCAAAGACUUGCAGUACUACACUGCCCAGAUCUUAAGGCUUCCAAGCUACAGGAACCAGUGUUGUGUAUUGUUUCAUGAACUUUUGAGAACUGUUCUUGGAAAAACAGUGUUCUGAGUUGUGCUGUAUAAUACAUCCAAAUGUUUCUAUGUACUUUUUCCAGUUUAGAUAUCAAACCCCAUUAAAGUUUCCAUCUAUAGUUUGCUCACAUUGUAGAGCUAUUCUGUUAAACUCCAAAGACAAUCUUCAGGUGAGCUGAACUCUUGUUUAGUUUGUACAAGUAAAUAAUGUUCCAAAUUCAUAAUGACAUACUCUGAGCACCCAAAAUUAGUAUAACUACGGUUUAAAAGUUUCAAAUUGAUUAUAAACUAGUGGAUGAGACACAAAUGCCACCUCAAUGACUUGGAAUAGCAAUCACUGAAAACAAGGCAUACCUGUAUUCCUACAAUAUUAGUAUGAAUUACAUAAUCCAAGUUUUGCUGCGAGUUAUUCAUUUGCAUCAGAAAACGUGAAACGUACAAUGAAAAACAGACACAGUAAAAGCUGUUUACAACAUCUAGGUAGCAUGGGGUGUCAACUGCCAUCAUUAUAGUAGUGGCUGCUUCUACCAAACUCUCAAGUGCAAGAUUUCUCCCAAAUAGGAAAACUUUUGGGAUACAUUACAGUUGCCUAACAGACAAUCUUAUAUUUUUGUUUUAAUUAUAGGGGGCUUGGAGCCAAAGAACCGUGUGCAAUAAUCAGUGCAUGCACCUUGGCUUUCUUGCCUCUUUUCCCAUUGUAGUCCCUUGUGCUUCCUGAAAAGCUGCUUAUGAAACAUUUCAGAAUGACAAUGUGGUGCAGGGCCUGCAGCAGGGAGUGGCAGGAAUGGGCUAGCUCCAGGUGUGUGCAUGCACAUAUGGAAGUUACUUGGACACUGGGCACUGUGGAUCCAAGGCAUGUUAUUUCUAGAAAGACAAGAUUUGUAUAGGGAAAAAUAAUAUUUAUUUUUGUGUAUGCAGUUACAUUACCUUUUACUAUAAUUAACUUUGUCAAAGGCCACAUCCAGUCAGAAUUGAAUUUUUAUUGUUUGAUCUAUAUAUUGAAAUGUACAAAAUAUUAAAGCUACUGUAUUUUUGUAAGAUUGACAAAGAUUAACAGUUGCUUUUCAUAAUUAAAAGGCUAUGAUGUAAAUAGGAAUGAUUAAUGUAUAACCUGGGUGUCUAAAAACAGUAUAUUUUGUAAAAUAAAAGGAGCUGUAUUUUAUUAUCUUAAUCUUGUACUAAUCUGCUUCAAAUGAUGCAGUUUUGCAUGUAUAUGCCUUUUAAGUAUGUAGAACUGCUCUGUCAGUACAUUCUGUACACUGUGAAGCAUUGUAUGAACAUCCAGCAUCUAGCCCAGCACUUGAAGGUUAGUAACUCAACUGUAAAGACAUUAGCUCUGACCUCUAGUGUCAGUUCUCAAACAUUUGAGCAGAUGUGUAUUUCUAGAGACUGAAAGGUUUUAACUUAUUUUAUUUUGGUUAAUACAACUGCUCCCCCCUUUGGGAUUAAAGAAUAAAUUUUGACUUGACUUGCGGUUUAAGGUCACUGUUCCACAACCUUCCUACAUAGAUUGGUUGGCUGGCUGGUGCUGCAUCAGUCCAGGAAGGGCUCUACUGAUAGUGCUGUGCUCUGAUUUUAGCAUGAGGCAGUCUAGAUAAUUUAAAUUAAAAAGGGAAGAUACAUCUUUUAACAAGUAGUUUCUAGUAUAAAACAUACCUCGUUAGUGAAUCUGGUUUGAAAUCUUAAGCUUUUUUUUCUCUUGAUGUAAUUUAAGAAUGUUUCCUGGGAAACCUUAAAGAUCACUCUAGUUUGAUUUCAUACAAGGAACUCAAAUGUUGAUGAAUAAAUGAUUCCACCCACUUCA